GGGUAGGAGUAGGACACACUCCACGAGUUGGGUUUCGUCGUAUAAAAUCGAGCAAGUUUCCAGCCAUUAGUCUAUCUGUUCUAGCGUACCGCAACACAGCCAAUUGAAGAUCGAAAUGAUCAUCUACACCAACACCGGUAAUCCCUUUGGAUUGAAGCUACUGAUAUGUGCUAAUUUGGCCAAAAAGGACGUAGAGGUUAAAAAUGUUACGCUCAACGAUCCGGAACUGGGUGACAUGAAACACCUUCCCACCCUUCAACUGGAUAGCGGUGUACAACUUUUUUCCACGGAUGUAGCAGCCAAGUACCUGCUUAACGGUGAAAAUGAGGAUACCGUGGUUUUACGGGACGAAUGGUUGGAAUGGUCGUCGAAGCGUCUUGCUCCGGCACUCACGCAUAAUAUGGCCGUGGGAUCGCGUGCCGAUCCGAACACGAAACCGAUCUUAAACACGUUGGUAAAGAUGCUGGAUGAUUGCCUUAGCAGCAGAACUUUUCUCACCGGUGAUAAGAUAAGCAGUGCCGAUGCUGCUGUUUGGAGUCUGCUCGCUCCGGACGGCACGCUGAAAGGUGCAGUAAACAUCGACAAUGUGCUACGUUGGUACCGCCAGAUAUCAAACCUCCCGGAAGUACAAACUGCAUUGGAUAAGAUGCCCUUGAAGGAGCUCAGUUUUGCGUCGCUACAGCAUAGCAAUCGCUUUGGUGGUUUGCAUCAUAUCGUCCUGAACCCAGAAAUUGCCGACUUCGAGGGUGAGCUGCUAGCGGACACUUCGGCCAAUAUCGCUGAAACGGUGCAGAAGGAGGAGAUCGAGGCAGCAAGACUCGCGUUCAACAAAGUAGAUGAGCGUGCCGUUCGCGACGAGCCAAGGAUCGUGCUACCGAAGGCAGGCCAGAAGAACAAUCUUAUCACGUCGGCUCUUCCGUACGUGAACAACGUACCGCACCUGGGAAAUAUCGUUGGGUGUGUCUUGUCGGGCGACAUGUUUGCACGUUACUCGCGCCUCUGUGGAUACAACACGCUCUACAUUGGCGGUACGGACGAAUACGGUACGGCUACAGAGACAAAAGCGUUGGCGGAAAAUCUUACUCCGAAGCAGAUCUGCGACAAGUACUUCGAUAUUCACAACUCCAUCUACCGUUGGUUUGGAAUUGGAUUCGAUUACUUCGGACGCACGACGACCAACGAGCAGACGCGCAUUGUGCAGGAGCUUUUCAAGGAGCUGUAUGCAACUGGUUACAUCGAGACACGCUCGGUCGAGCAACUGUUGUGUCAAAAAUGUGACCGCUUCUUGGCGGAUCGUUUCGUCGAAGGAACAUGCCCUCAUCCAGGAUGUGGGUUCGAGGACGCACGAGGCGAUCAGUGCGACGGCUGUGGCAAGUUGGUAAAUGCCAUCGAACUGGUUCGUCCGCGCUGUAAAGUGUGUAACACUUCGCCAGUGAUUCGCGAUUCGAACCAAUUCUUUUUGGAUUUGCCGAGAAUCGAACCGACCUUGCGGGAAUGGGUGGAACGCGUGGACCACGGAUGGACCCACAAUGCGCGCGUCAUCACGAGGGCAUGGUUGAAGGAGGGUCUGAAAUCGCGCUGCAUCACACGCGAUCUGAAGUGGGGCAUCCCAGUUCCAGUCGAGGGUUACGAGAGCAAAGUUUUCUACGUUUGGUUUGACGCUCCGAUCGGCUACAUUUCCAUCACUAGUCGCUACUGCAAAGAGUGGCAACAAUGGUGGCGCCCGGACACGGCUAAUACUGGUGUCAAAGUUGAUCUGUACCAGUUCAUGGCGAAGGAUAACGUUCCGUUCCAUUCCGUCAUGUUUCCUGCCUCGCUGUUGGCUGUCGACAAGGGCUACACGCUCGUAUCGCAUAUUAUGGCCACAGAGUAUCUGAACUACGAGGAUGGCAAAUUCAGCAAGAGCCGCGGAAUCGGUGUGUUCGGUAACGAUGCACAGGAGACGGGCAUUCCGGCGGACGUGUGGCGUUUCUACCUUGGGGCGUCUCGCCCCGAAGGUCAGGAUUCGUCCUUCAGCUGGGCCGAUCUGCAGGCGCGAAACAACAAUGAGCUGCUGAAGAAUCUGGGCAAUUUCGUUAAUCGUGCUCUCGUGUUCUGUGAAAAAUUCUUCGAUUCCACGAUCCCUGUCAUGAAGCUGAGCGAGGAGGACUUAACGUUGCUGGCACUGAUCAAUCGCGAGCUGAAGGGUUACGUGAACCAAAUGGAAAAGGCUCGCAUGCGCGACGGUAUCCGGCACUUGCUGCAAAUUUCUCGAUACGGCAAUCAGUUCAUGCAAUCGGAGGAACCUUGGGUGAAGGUUAAAGGAACCGACGACCAGAAGGCACGCGCUGGAACAGUUGUUGGAUUGUGCUGUAACUUUGCCUGUUUGUUGGCCACACUGAUAUUCCCAUUCAUGCCUACCACUGCCCGUAACCUAUACGGUCAGCUAAAUGUUCGUGGUGGGUUUAUAAAUGCUGAGAAGCCGCUUCUGAGGACGCUUCUCCCAAGUGGCCAUCGGAUCGGGAAACCAGCAGUGUUGUUUGCUAAAAUAGAAGACUCGCGUAUUGAAGAACUCAAAAAGCGUUACGCUGGACAGCAGCAAGAAAAGGACAAGAGUCCAGCCCCUGGAGCGAGGAUUAAUGCGGAGGCAGAAGAAAAGAAGCUUCCAUCGCUAAAGGAGGCUCAAAAGGCAGUCGAUGAACAGGCAGCGAAGGUGCGCAAGAUCAAAUCUAGCGGCGCAGAUCGCACAGUUUGGCAGCCGGAGGUUAACCUUCUGCUCGAGCUGAAGAAACAAUUACAGUCGCUUAGUCAACCACGGACAUCCGAAAGUGCGCCGCCAUCGCCGUUGGAAGGGAAACCUGCUAAAGGUGCUCCUACCCUUUCCAAGGAGCAAGCAAAGCCUCAACCCGCGGUGGUUACUAACCAAACGGCGGGCAACGUCGUUUCGGGCUUGGACUCGAAUGCUGUGAAAGCAUUGGAGGAAGAAAUCGCCCAACAAGGUGAAAAGGUUCGCAAGCUGAAAGCGUCCAGUUCGGAUAAAUCCUUCUGGCAACCGGAGGUGGCGUUGUUGCUUUCGCUCAAACAAAAGCUUACCAGUCUAACUGGAAUCGCACCGGCCCCUCCGGCAAGCAGUGGUAAAAAGAAGGGUAAGAAGUAAACACUCCUGAUCUUUACCAUCUGCUCAAAAACAUUUGGAUUGCGCUUAAUUUUUGAACCUAUUUAAAAAUUCCUAAUCUCGUUUCCUUUAUCAAUUCUUUGUAAGUGACAGAAUAAAGAAUGGCAUUUGCUUUGAUUAUUUCGUUUCACAAUGAACUAUAAAAAGUA